AUGGCGCAAUAUUACUCGGAUGAGCUCGAUACCGAGUCCUUCCGCCUGGCGACUCUCUCGACGGACAUUCAUCCGGACACAAAGACCCAAGUCCCCAGUGUCACCCUCACGAAACACCCCCUCUUCGGAGCUUCAGACCUCCCCUACAAUGCCCUGUCUUACACUUGGGGUUCACCGCGAGACAGCCCCCAACUGACCGAUAAGAUUACCAACACAACAAUACUUCUGAAUGGGCUAUCAUUCGAGGUCCAGGCGAACCUUUAUGAUGCUCUUGUUGAAUUACAGGUCUCGUGCUCAGAAACUCCCAUCUGGAUAGACGCGCUGUGUAUCAACCAGUCCAACUCCAACGAGCGAUCUCCACAGGUCUCCGUCAUGAACCAAAUCUACGGAAAGGCAAACCGCGUUAUUGUCUGGCUUGGAAAGGCCUUCCCCGAGCUAGAGACUGGACUCAGAGCAGUUGAGAGACUCGGCGCUGCGUCGGUUCCUGAGACGCUUCGCAUGAUUCGGACGCAGACCUGGGAUUUCAGCUCUGAUUUGUCAACCAUGCCGGAGCGCUAUGGUAUGGACCCUGUUGACCAGGAAGAAGCUAUUGGCUUGGUCGCGCUCUACAUGAGUAAUUGGUUUACCCGGGUCUGGAUCAUCCAGGAAGUUUCCCUCACUAGCGACGUGGUCAUUCUAUGUAGCGGCAGAUUCAUGGUCUUUGACUACGUGGGUUACACGGCGGCAUUUCUGCACUACAGCGGGUUCUUCCAAUCUGUAGCGGACCUUAUUCCUAAAGACAGGCCUGGUAUUUACCUUCGUGGCGGGAUCAACAUCUUUCAUGCAGAGAGAAUUCAGUUACUUCGUGAAUGGUGCAAAGGCAAGAAGAGUGAGUGGACCGGUGUCCUUGCCAUGAUUGAUCUGGAGGCUGGCCUCGCAAAGCAUCAUGCAAAGCCCUCGGCGAUGGUUCCCCUACGCGUGCUAUUCUCAACCUUUGGGAUGAAGGCGACAGAUCCUCGGGACUCCAUCUACGGGUGGAAUGGUAUCUUGAAGCACAUGGCAGCUCAAGAGGGGGUUUCUCUGCCCUUGGUAUUCGAGCCAGAUUACGAUAUCGAAACCAAAGACUUGCUGCGAAACGUCGCCUGCAACAUCAUCGAGACGACUGAUUCUCUUGUCUACCUAAGCCUAGUCAAGGACCCCAGCAGGCGGGAAACACCAGGCCUUCCAUCUUGGGUUCCUGACUAUCCACCGGUUCUAUACAAUAGUGUCCAUGGACCAAACUUCAGAUCUAUAGGCACUUUCAAUUCUUCGAAACACGUUCCCCAUUCCCCCAAUCCAUAUCCAUUCACCAUCACUGGAGAGGUCCUUCGCGUCUUUGGCUUUCGCCUCGGCACAGUCCAGAAGAUUGGUGAAGGUUUUCUUGAAUGCCUUCAAGGCCGCCUUAAGAUGCUCGGCGACAUUCUACUUACUAUGGAUGAGACCUAUCCAUACACCAACCAGCAUGCAGACGAGGUUCUUUGGAGAACUCUGAUUUGGGAUACUGACUUCACAAAUAGGCCCUCGAAGCUCAUUCGGCUGGAGGACUUUCAGAGGGCCGUUGCGCAUGAUUUCGUACGUCCGCUACAGUAUUUAUUCCAGGAAGCAGAGUCAGCCGCUGCCGGCCAUUCUCUGGUCCUUCAAUCAAUUAGCGACAUGGCAUACCUGGACGAAAUAGGUGUCAAAUUCCCUAACAGUAUAUUCCCCAGCACAAAGCUCCUCAAAUCCCUUUGUGCCAGCUCGGACACUUUACCUCAAGAUAGUGAUGGUUGUGGUGAGGAGGAGCUACAGAAACUUGUGGAACCACUGUCAAAGCAUGCUAUGCCACCUGGUAAUAUCAUGGCGUCGACGUGGAUUUACCGCAGGGCUUUUCUCACUGAUACGGGGUAUUUGGGCAUGGGACAUGAUUCGACUCAAGCCGGGGAUGAGCUUUGGAUUAUCUCUGGAUCUCCUGCCCCGCUGAUUUUGAGAAAGACAGGAGAGAGAGAUGAGUAUUGUCUCAUUGGAGAGGCAUAUGUACAUGGCGCUAUGCAGGGAGAGGCUGUUACUGAUGAAGUGACUUGGGAGAAGAUUAAGAUAGUCUGA